GAGCUGUGCCAAUGUCGUCCGUCCGAUGGGAACUGUUCAUGUUGUAAGGAGUGUAUGCUGUGUCUGGGGACACUGUGGGAGGAGUGCUGCGACUGUGUUGGUGAGUACUGUGUUGGUGAGUACUGUGUUGGUGAGUACUGUGUUGGUGAAUACUGUGUUGGUGAGUGCUGUGUGUGUGUGUCGGUCGGUCAGUCACAUCUCACACAGUACAAUAUCUGUGUUAUUCAUGAAACACAACAAUACCAGUCAAAAACAGUGCAGUGGUUAUCAGCCUCAUCAAUUAGACAGGAACGUCUGUGGAGUUACUAUAAUGACUGAGUGCACUUGUCAAGUUUUCUGCGCAGGUUGGUUUAAUAGUGUCUGAUAGGCUCCACUCUGCUUCCCCACUCUGCUGCUCUGCUGCCUCCGCUCUGCUGCCUCCGCUCUGCUGUCUCCGCUCUGCUGCCUCUGCUCUGCUGCCUCCACUCUGCUGCCUCUGCUCUGCUGCCUCCGCUCUGCUGCCUCCACUCUGCUGCCUCUGCUCUGCUGCCUCCACUCUGCUGCCUCUGCUCUGCUGCCUCCGCUCUGCUGCCUCUGCUCUGCUGCCUCUGCUCUGCUGCCCCCGCUCUGCUGCUCUGCUGCCUCUGCUCUGCUGCCUCCACUCUGCUGCUCUGCUGCCUCCACUCUGCUGCCUCCACUCUGCUGCUCUGCUGCCUCCACUCUGCUGCCUCCACUCUGCUGCUCUGCUGCCUCCACUCUGCUGCUCUGCUGCCUCCGCUCUGCUGCCUCCACUCUGCUCUGCUGCUCUGCUGCCCCCUCUGCUGCUCUGCUGCCUCCGCUCUGCUGCUCUGCUGCCUCCACUCUGCUGCUCUGCUGCCUCCACUCUGCUGCCUCCGCUCUGCUGCCUCCACUCUGCUGCUCUGCUGCCUCCACUCUGCUGCUCUGCUGCCUCCACUCUGCUGCCUCCACUCUGCUGCUCUGCUGCCUCCACUCUGCUGCCUCCACUCUGCUGCUCUGCUGCCUCCACUCUGCUGCUCUGCUGCCUCCACUCUGCUGCCACCACUCUGCUGCUCUGCUGCCUCCACUCUGCUGCCUCCACUCUGCUGCUCUGCUGCCUCCGCUCUGCUGCUCUGCUGCCUCUGCUCUGCUGCCUCCGCUCUGCUGCUCUGCUGCCUCUGCUCUGCUGCCUCCACUCUGCUGCUCUGCUGCCUCCACUGUCUACAUUUUGUGUGCCCUACCUCAUCACCCACUGGUUUUUAACUGCUACAAGUCCGUUUGGUGGAAACAAACACACCGCUGGUGGGAAAAUGUGCAUAUGAUCUUUAUGCAGAUGUUAGAAUAUUCGCAUGACAAUCUGUCGCCAAUUAGAUGGAAACCUAGCUACUGCAAAUACAUUUUGGGUUUAGGGAGGAGGGAUGGAUGGAAGGAGGGGUAGACCAAUGUGUAUGGUGGUUUAUCUGAAACCGCUAUCUUGGCUCUGUUUUUAGCGUCGAUUUAGUUUGUAAUCCAAUAUUCCUCCGUCAAACUUUGCUGCUUAUUUAAAUGAUUUAGCUAAUUCAUUUCUACUCAUUUAAAAUCUUAUGCUAAUCAUAUCUGAUGGGAUUAUCAACGGACUGGUUAAGGGAAAGAGGAGGGAAACGAGGUGAAGCAAGACGAAGAUGGGGGGGCAGAACGAGGGGCAGAGAUAACGGUGUCAUUGGUGGUGGUUAGACCGGGGAAAAGGGAGGAGGGAGAAACGGCACGCGCGCGCGCACGCCCGAGAACGGAAGAGGGAAAAAAAGAAAGGAGAGAGUAGAGAGAAGAGGAAGAGAUGAGACGCGAGAGAGUAGAGAGUAGAGAGUUUAGAAAAAGGAGGGAGAGCAGGAAGAGAGAGAGAGAGAGAAGAGUUAGAGGUAGGUAGAGAGAGGGCGAGAGAGAGAUGUAGAGAGAGUAGGAAGACGGGAAGAGAGAAGUGAGAGAGCAAUGAGACAAAAGAGGGAGAGAGAAGAGAGAAAAAAGAUUUCGAGGGAGAGAGAGAGGAGAGAGAGAGAGGCGAAGAUAAGAAGAGAGAGAGAGAGAAGGAGAGAGAGGAGGAGAGAGAGAGCAGAGAGAGAAGAGAAAAGAGAGAGAGAGAGAGAGAGAGAGAGAGAGAGAGCGACGCAGAGAGAGAGAGAGAGCAUGAGCAGAGAGAGAGAGAGAGAGAGAAGAGAGAGAGAGAGAGAGAGACAGAGAGAGAGAGAGAGAACACAGAAAGAAAACUAAAUGAUAUAGCGAUUAAUAUCUAUGACCCCUUAUUGUUUCUCAAGUUUUUAAUAAAUGCUUAGUCUAUCAUUUUGUCCGUUUUUAACUUAUUUCUCAUUUUAUAGGCAGGGAGAGAGAGAGAGAGAACAGAGCAGAAGAGCCAGUAUCUUUAAGCACAAAUCUAGCAUAGUGGAUGACGAGACUAGCAGACUAGAGUAGAGAAUCAGAUAGAGAAGAAAGCUUGCAUUGCCUUUCUGUCUCUAUCUCCAGGCUUGAGAGAGACAGCGGUACUGGAGAGAUGGAGACGAACGCCAGUAUGAGAGAUGAGGAGACCCUCGCUUCGAGAGAGAGUAGAGCGUCAGUCCACCGCUAGCAGAUUGAGAAAUCUGUGUUUUUGCAUACUUAUACACAACUUGAUGUUAAACUUCUUUAAGAGGGAUCUCGAGACUGAGGACGUAGUAGGAGAGAGAUGAUGAAAAGAGGUGAGAGAGAGAGGGAGAGAGAGAGGAGAGAGAGAGAGCAGAGAGGCCUGGCCCAUGAGUCCUUACGUCAUGAAGAGUUACUUCUAGGGAUGUGUGCUUCUUUCUACCGAUCAAGGAUAGUCCAGGGAGAGAGAGAGAUCGUUGUUAAUUAAUUAGUCCUGCAUAUCCGUGCCUCCCCUUUAUAUGCCGGGAGGGGCGGAAAAUAGAAGCGUGGUUGGCACGUGGGUCGGUAGAGAAUUAAGGACCAGAGACGAUGAGCGAGGGAGAAGAGAGGCAUCCGAGCAAUUAGCCACGUGGAGACGGUGAAUGAUGAGUUACGAUAUAGGCCUAUUCUUCAGCGUUAGCGAGGAGAUGAUGAGCAGUAGAGCAGAGGGUAGAAAAGAGAUUUCGAUAAUGUAGUUAUACUCGCUGUCUCCCCCUUUCUUGUGUAAGGUGGGCAUUUACGCAGCGUACACUUGAGAUGUCAUGAGCAGGUAUGAGCGUUAGAGUUAGCUAGAGUGUAGUAGAGAAGGAGCUUGCUAUAUGAGAUGAAAAUUUAUCAUAGGUCUUCGGCAUUGGGUUUGUCCGCCCUCAUCAGUCGUUAGACGUAGAUUGGUGGUUUAUCCCUUGAGGUUUCCUUGUGGCGCAGAUGAGAAUAGAGGACUGAGGAGAUGAAUCAAUCGAUCAUCGAGACGGCGUCUGUACAGUCCAUACUCGGCUUAGAGAGAAGAGAGCACGGAGAGCCAGUUUCCAUUCAAGGGUCGAUAGUAAAAAUGCCUAAUACGAGGGAGAUAUGUGCGUGAGAGUCCAGUUUUCAAGAGUCAGAGUAGCAAUGAGUCCGCUGUAAAGAGAGAGAGGGACCUGGAAAAAAGUGUUACAUGUCAGGGACGAGAGAGAGUGGAUGAGCGAGAGAGAGAAGAGACGAGAUCGAGAGGAGAGCGCCAAGAGAGAGAGAGAGAGAGUAGGAAAGACGAGAGAGAAAAAGAGGGAGAGAGAGACGCAGUAGAGAGAGAGAAAAGAGAGGGGACGAGAGAGAAGUGGCAGCAGAUGACGAGAAGAGAAUUGAAGAUGAGAGAGAGAGACGCAGAGUAGAAAAAGGGGAGAGAGAAGAGAAGAGAGGGCAGAGUAGAGAGAGUAAAAAAAGUAGGCUGAGAGAGAGAUGGAUGCGGUUGAGGUCCCUUCCUGGCAUCUGUCCCUUUGGGAGUAGUACUGAGAGAGGGAGCAGUGAGAAGAGAGACAGAUUGAGAGAGAGAGAGAACGAAGAGAGGAGGGGAGAGAGAAAGUGAGGGAGAAGAGAGAGAGAAAAGCAGGGGAGAGGAGAGAGAAGAGGAGAGGGAGAGUAUGGCGAGAGGUAGAAAGAAUGAGGACGGGGAGAGAGCAGAGAGAACAAAAGAGGGAGAGAGAGAGAGAGAGAAAGAGAAAAAAAGGACAAGAGGGAGAGAGAGAGAGAGAGAGAGAGAGAGAGAGAGAGAGAGAGGAGAGAGAGAAAAAAAGAGGGAGAGAGAGAGAGAGAGAGAGAGAGAGAGAGAGAGAGAGAGAGAGAAAAAGAGGGAGAGAAAGACUUUCUCUCUCUCUCUCUCUCUUUCUCUCUCUCUCUUCUCUCUCUCUCUCUAUUUCUCUCUCUCUCUCCUUUCUCUCUCUCUCUCUCAUUCCUCUUCCCCCCUCUCCCCCUCUUCCCCCUCUCUCCCCCUCUCCUCUCAGGGAUGUGUAACCCUAAGAACUACAGUGAUACUCCAGCCACCUCCAAGAGCACAGUGGAGGAACUCCAUCGACCAAUCCCCUCGCUGUUCCGAGCCCUCACGGAGGGCGACGCCCCUAUCAACAUGAUGGUGGUGUCCUUCCCCGUUGCAGAGGAACUAUCUCACCAUGAGAACCUGGUCUCCUUCCUAGAGACGCUUGAUGACCAGCACCAGAACGUAUCGCUCCCCGGCAACAGCAUCCAUGCCAGCUACAACACUCAAGGUAGCGAAACCAUAGAACUAGAAUGAAUAGACUGUGGAACCAUAGAAUUAGAAUGAUUAGACUGUGGAACAAUAUAAAUAGAAUGAUUAGACUGUGGAACCAUAUAAAUAGAAUGAUUAGACUGUGGAACCAUAUUAAUAGAAUGAAUAGACUGUGGAACCAUAUUAAUAGAAUGAAUAGACUGUGGAACCAUAUUCAUAGAAUUAAUAGACUGUGGAACCAUAUUAAUAGAAUGAAUAGACUGUGGAACCAUAGAAAUAGAAUGAAUAGACUGUGGAACCAUAAUCGAAUGAAUAGACUGUGGAACCAUAUUAAUAGAAUGAAUAGACUGUGGAACCAUAUUAAUAGAAUGAAUUUACUGUGGAACCAUAGAAAUAUAAUUAAUAGACUGUGGAACCAUAUUAAUAGAAUGAAUAGACUGUGGAACCAUAGAAAUAGAAUGAAUAGACGGUGGAACCAUAUUAAUAGAAUGAAUAGACUGUGGAACCAUAGAAAUAGGAUGAAUAGACUGUGGAACAAUAGAAAUAGAAUGAAUAGACUGUGGAACCAUAUUAAUAGAAUGAAUAGACUGUGGAACCAUAGAAAUAGAAUGAAUAGACUGUGGAACCAUAUUAAUAGAAUGAUUAGACUGUGGAACCAUAUUAAUAGAAUGAAUAGACUGUGGAACCAUAGAAAUAGAAUGAAUAGACUGUGGAACCAUAUUAAUAGAAUGAAUAGAGUGGAACCAUAGAAAUAGAAGAUUAGACUGUGGAACCAUAUUAAUAGAAUGAAUAGACUGUGGAACCAUAGAAAUAGAAUGAAUAGACUGUGGAACCAUAUUAAUAGAAUGAAUAGACUGUGGAACCAUAGAAAUAGAAUGAAUAGACUGUGGAACCAUAGAAUAGAAUGAAUAGACUGUGGAACCAUAUUAAUAGAAUGAUUAGACUGUGGAACCAUAGAAAUAGAAUGAAUAGACUGUGGAACCAUAUUAAUAGAAUGAAUAGACUGUGGAACCAUAUUAAUAGAAUGAUUAGACUGUGGAACCAUAUUAAUAGAAUGAAUAGACUGUGGAACCAUAGAAAUAGAAUGAAUAGACUGUGGAACCAUAUUAAUAGAAUGAUUAGACUGUGGAACCAUAGAAAUAGAAUGAAUAGACUGUGGAACCAUAUUAAUAGAAUGAAUAGACUGUGGAACCAUAUUAAUAGAAUGAUUAGACUGUGGAACCAUAUUAAUAGAAUUAAUAGACUGUGGAACCAUAUUAAUAGAAUGAUUAGACUGUGGAACCAUAUUAAUAGAAUGAUAGACUGUGGAACCAUAUUAAUAGAAUGAUUAGACUGUGGAACCAUAUGAAUAGAAUAAACAGAAUAGUAUGAUAGAUUCUAUUUCUAUGAAUGGAACACUGUCGUCAUUAGAGACAGUUGGGAUUCCUUUCAGUGAAAACUGUUUAGACCCUUUUUAGAUGAGGGUGUAAAACACUGAAAGCUAAACACAGGAGUGGUUAGUUUACACUAGAGGAGAAACACCAAGGCGGAUCUGGAGUGAUGGGAUUGGUGAUGUUAACCGCCUGGCCUGAGUAUUUUCCCCUCCCCUUCUCUCUCUAUCUUCUCUCUCUCCUCCUCCUCUUCUUCUCCUCCCGUUCUUCUUCUUCUUCUUCUUCUUCUUCUUCUCUGGCUGGGUUAUUAUUAUGAUCCUUCUCUCAUAUCCUGCCUUCUGUCUGGUUCUGAACCUAUGAUCCAGCUCUCAUAUCCUGUCCUCUGUCUGGUUCUGAACCUAUGAUCCAGCUCUCAUAGCCUGUCCUCUGUCUGGUUCUGAACCUAUGAUCCAGCUCUCAUAUCCUGUCCUCUGUCUGGUUCUGAACCUAUGAUCCAGCUCUCAUAUCCUGUCCUCUGUCUGGUUCUGAACCUAUGAUCCAGCUCUUAUAGUCUAUAUAAAGACACUGCGCUCACAUGAGUUUCCAAAGACACCACAUUCGUUAAAUAUGAGAGCGUUGGUUGGUUCCAACCACAGUGCCCAGCUGUUCGCGCAUUAGACACACCAGAAGUUCAUCCCAGUUGGUACCCUAUUACGUAUGUAGUGAACCACUUUUGACCAGGGCCCGAAGACAAGUUGUGCACUUCGUAGGGAAUAGGGUGCCAUUUGGGACCCUUCCCAGAACACAUGGUCACACUUACUGUCAGCAGCACACCCGUUGUCCUCAGUCAUAAAAGCAAACCCUAAGGAAAACAUUGAGGUUUAAUGAUUACCGUAACUACUAACUACGGCUUUAAAUAUGUUUUCAUGGGAUUACUAGUUAUGUUUUUAAAGAUGUGGUUACUGUGAUAACUGACCUGUGCCCUAUUUUCUCUCUGUAUCCCUCCACCCUCCUCCCCCUUGUCCGCCAGAUAACAUGUGUACGGUGGUCUACUUUGACGACUGCGUAUCCAUCCGCCAGUGUAAACUAUACUGUGAGUCGAUGGGAGGGUCGAAGUACCGCUGGUUCCACAACGCCUGCUGUCAGUGCAUCGGCCCGGAGUGUCUGGACUACGGCAGCAAGGCUGUCAAAUGCAUGAACUGUCUGUUCUGA